CAAACAAAGGUGCUCAAUCCUUCUUUGUGAUUGCGUCUAGAAAUUUCCGAUCCAAGGGACCACCCAGUUUCUCCAUCUCAUCCAAUUGCUACAUGAUAAUGAGGAACUAUAUCUAGAACCUUCUAUUCAAUUAUUGAUCACACUCACUAUUCUCUUCUAUGUAUAUAAUCUUUUAACUUCCCACUCUAUGGUUAAUAACUUCAAUAUCACAUUAAUCCGCUCAUCACACGAACAACCAACUUCAAAGCAUUAACAGCCAAAUUUCACAUAUCGAAACUGCAAAACCCAUCAAGUUUACCAUAAAAAAGAAAUUGAAAAUGAACUAUGUUUACUCAGUGAAAGAAGAAUACGUAGAACCUUUACCAUUAAGAAAUGAAUACCUGCCAACGAUUCCACCUCCGUUGCCAAUGGAGGAACUUCAUGAGAUAGGACCCCCACCAUUCCUCACCAAAACAUUUGAUGUGGUGGACGACACGACCACCAAUCACAUAGUUUCGUGGAGCAGAGGUGGCACCAGCUUUGUUGUUUCGGAUCCACAUAACUUCUCCAAUCUUCUCCUUCCAAGAUACUUCAAACACAAUAACUUCUCAAGCUUUAUCAGACAACUAAACACUUAUGGUUUUAGAAAAAUAGAUUCAGAUAGAUGGGAGUUUGCAAAUGAAGGAUUCCUCAAAGGUCAGAGACAUCUGUUGAAGAACAUAAGGAGAAAGAAGACACCUUCUCACACUACUUCUUCCCAGCAAGGAAAGAGUCACAGUGUUGAAGUUAGUAGUUUUGAACUGGAUGUAGAAAUUAAUCGUUUGAAGAAACAGAAGCAGGUAUUGAUGAUGGAGCUUGUGAGUCUUAGACAGCAGCAAUAUAAUACCACACUCUACCUUCUUGAGAUGGAGCAAAAGUUACGAGGGAUAGAAACCAAGCAGAAACAGAUGAUGUCAUUCUUAGCUAGAGCUAUGAAAAACCCUGCCUUUAUCCACCAACUACUCCAACAAAAAGAGAAGAAAAAGGAGCUUGAAGAAACCAUGGCCAAAAAGAGAAGGCUAGGUAUUGGACAAUCAAGCAGUGAAGGUGAAGAAAGAAGAAGCAGUGUUGUUAAAGUUGAGCCUUUAGAAUUAAGUGAUUAUGAAUUUGGGGUUUCAGAGAUGGAAAUGCUAGCUAUGGAAAUUCAAGUUUUUGGAAGGGGGGAGAUGGAUAAGGAGGAAAUACCUGAGACACUAGAAUCACAAGAGAGUAGGGAUAGAGUACUUGAUGACGAAGGGUUCUGGGAAGAACUAAUGUUUAGUGUGAAAUUUGAGGGUAUAUUUGGCCUACCGACUGCUGAAGAUAAAAAUGAUUCAAGUGAACCAUUGAAUCAAGAAUUCAGGAUUAACUCUUUUCAUUCAGUUCACUAGCUUCAACUCUUCCAUGCAGAAGGAAAAUAAUUUACUUCUUGGUGUUUCCAAUAAUAUCCUUAUUAUAUAUUCUUUUGUAGUACUUGUUUAAAUCCAAAUUAUCUCACUUUUCUCUUAAGUUUGAUUAGGUAGGUUUCUGCUGGUGCUGGGACAAGAUUCUUUUAUAGUAAUAAUUGUCAUUAUUUAUCUCAAGAUUACUCAGAAGAUGUAGGAUGAACAAGAAGUAGCUGAUCUCCAACAAGCAUAACUGAAUGAACACUAUGACGAAAGUUUGUGAAAUAGGUCUGUGUCUUCCUCGUACCACUUUAUGCUUUUAUGCCAUCUCUUAUUUAUUUGUUUUGCUUUAGUAUAUUUUGUCAAUCUUUACACAGUUUUAGUAUAAAAUUUGGUGGGAUUAAGGGUCUCAAAUCAUAUAAUCUAUGAAGUACAUAUACCGACACAUACACUAACACGUCGACAUUGAUAAUAAUUUGAGAAAAUGAAUCAAUUGAAUGUAAUCAAUGUGUUAAUGUCGUAUUGUCGUCUGACACCACCAACAUAUGUCGAACAGUGGAACACGCAUUCGAUCAGAAGUGUCAGUGCUACUGAGCAUAUAAUCCUUCAAAGUAGUCUUCUAAUCCAAGCAUGCUAAGUGGCUUAACUGUAUGGACUUUGUCUGCAAUUGUGAAGUUCAACAGGGAAAAGAAAAUAACAAUAGGUCUCGUUAGAUUUGAUUAAAUUUUUCUGUCUUGAUUCAACCUACCUCCCAUGAACAAACUGUAACAAUUUCAAUUACACCACUUCAAAUAUACCUAUUAUUUAGAAACUAACAUAACAUGCUAUCGAGUUUCAAAUUUUUUUCACAAUGUCCUUCAAAAAAGGUUAAUCUUUACAAUGCAUAUAUUUUUAAUAUAAUACAGGUCAAUUACUAUUUUUACAGCAUUACUCUAAUCUAGAAUUGAAUUUUGUAUCAACCUUCAAGUCAAUUAUCUAGAAGUGCGAGCUAUGGUUAUUGCAACCGUUAGAGCAAUAAACCCCUAAAAAACCAGAAACAGAGGUAGCAGUAUGCAGAAAAAUAGAACAAGAUCAAAGCAUGAGUUUUCUAAUCCAAAAUGCGUAAGAGAAAUCAGUAGAAGGAAAGAAACAAAAAAAGAGUUUGAUGACAAACUUCGACAAAUUGAUGCUUAUGUCUCUAGGACAACUAAAGAGUUAACUAAGGUUACAAUGAGGAAUUGCUCCCCUUCCCUCUCCAUUUCUCUGUUUUUCUCAAAAUUUUCUCAGUUACAAUUACACUCAAAGCUCACCAAUAAAUCUCUCAUACAGUUUCUCUCAAUAUAAUUCUUUCAAUCAAACUAUGUGAAUAAUCAUAUCACUCACAGGCACAAACCCUCUAAGAAAGAGUAUUACAAAUAGAGGGGAGAUAACAAAAAGUUAGUUAUAAUAAGGGAAAACAAAAUAACAUAACAAAAAGUAUAGCCAUAUAUGCCACAUCAGCAACAAUUAUUGUGAUGUAAUCCAAUUAGUGUCGUUGUUUACUUAACGGGUAGUUGGUGACAGUUAAGUUUGUUAGUUCAAUUUAGUUAGUACACAUUAAAUUCAUCCUCUAACAAAAUUGGUUAGUGUCGUUGUUUACUUAAAUACUUGAUGAGCAAUCAAUAAAAUUUUAGAUUGUUCAUUCAUACUUUCAUUCUCAUUACUUUGUACACAUUAAAUUCAUCCUCUAACAAAAUUGGUAUCCAGAGCCAUCACAGUUCUUGGUGAUUUUCCAAAGUGUUUGUGUUCUUGAGUAUGCUUCAGUUUUUUCUGAAAUUCUCUUCAUAAUGCCUAUCAAUGGUAGCAAUAGUGGUUUUCUUGGCAAUCUCCCCAUUCUUGAUGGCAAGAAUUGGGAUUGACAGCAUACUCAAAUGAAAGUUUUGUUUGGUUUUCAAGAUGUUCUUGAACUGGUCACAGUCGAGUUCAAUAAAUUGGGUGAAAAUCCCACUGACGCAGAGAGAGUUGCUCAAAGAAACCAAGAAGGACUGUAAAGCUAUGUUCUUGAUUCAUCAAUGUGUUGAUGAUAACAACUUUAAAAGGUGUCAAAUGCAACUACAUCCAAGGAGGCGUGGGAUUCUCUUGUGAAGUACUGGUGAUAAGGUGAAACUACAAGCUCUUAGGCGACACUCGUGUGCUUGCAUUAAAGAACCAGAUGAAGACAUGUGGAGAGAUCAUCACUGAUAAGAUGAUUGUGGAGAAAAUCAUGAGAACUUUGCCUAGUCAAUUUGAUCAUAUUGCGGUUGCUAUUGAAGAAUCCAAGAAUGUGGAGGAUAUGAAAAUUAAGGAGCUUCAAAGUUCUUUAAAGGCACAUGAAAUUCGUUUAAUAGAAAGAUCUGCUGCCAAAUCCAGUGAACAAGCUUUAGAAGCUCAUGUGUCCAAAUGGGGGUGGAAAUGAGAAAUGGAAGGGAAAGAACAAUAAAUGGAAAGAAGGGUAAAUAAGUUCAAUAAGAGGAAGGUCCAAUGUUUCAAUUGCAACAACUUUGGCCAUUUUACUGAUGAGCAGCAACUCUAGGUAUAAGUGUCAAUUUCAGAAGUUCAUUAAUUAUUGGUCUUAGUUCACAUAUUGAAUAGGCAAAAAAAUUUCAUAGUUAAAAAGAUCUAAAAAAAGUCUCGUAAUAAA